AACACCUCUAACCUAUGCAGUAUUUCUCAGAACAUUUUUGCGUAGUGUAGACUGUCUUAUGUGGUUCACUGCUGCUGAAUGACAGCCCGGAGCUGCUGGGACACAAUCAUCGCUUAUUCGCGUCUUCCAAAUUUUCUAUAAUUCAGAUUACUUUAACAAGCUCACGUGAGGCGCAUGAAAUCACAUGGAGGUGCUCUUGCGCUCACAUGACAGUCUGAACCAUGGCAGGAGAGAUCAAUGAAGGCUCAGUUCCUGCCUAUUACAGAGAAGUGUACGAGGCCAUCUGCUGUAGGACGGAUGAGAGGGUGCAGGUUGAAGUUUUUCACCGACUGCUGCAAAGGACCGAUCUGUCCAAGACGGCCGUGAACCAGAUUGCUGAGCACGUUGACUCUGCGGAUGGAUUCCUGAGCAAGUUGUCCCUCUAUAAAGCGCUCGCUCUGAUUGCUCUGGCUCAGCAAGGGAAGCAGCCAAGCCCCAAGCUCUUGGAGAACUGCAUACAAGAGUUACCGAAACCUCAGCUCGGGGAGCCGAGGGACUUGAGCUCACUGAGGAUGCAGCCGGCUCAGGAGGAUGUGCUGACGAUGUCGCUGACCCUGGACAAACUCCUGGAAAGAGACACGGUCCAGGUGGAGCUCAUACCUGAGAAGAAGGGACUGUUCCUCAAACAUGUGGAGUACCAGGUCACCAGUCAGCGUUACAAAGUGUCCGUUUACAGACGUUACAGCGACUUCGACGUCUUCCAUGAGCUUUUGCUCCAGAGGUUUGCCUACAGAGUGGUGCCGGCGUUGCCCCCUAAACGCAUGUUAAAGGGAGUCCUGACCUCCGUCUCUGAGCGGCAGUUCAUCGAGGGGAGGAGGCGCGCUCUGGCUAGGUUCAUUAACCUGGUGGCCCGGCAUCCCUUCUUCUCAGAGGACGAGCUUAUCAAGACCUUCCUCACCUUCAGCGGCUCCGAUGUCCAGACCAAACUGCGUGACACCUACAAGAGGACGGGCGACGAGUUCAUGACCAACAGGAUCGCGACCCAGGCAAAGGAAUACCUCCCGGCUGACAUUCAAGCUCAGUUCUCGGCGAGCAGGGAGCUGAUCAAAAAUAUCCACAACAGCUUCUACAAGCUGCGGGACAGAGCGGAGAAGAUGGCGGAGCGCUCUAAGGAGAACGCAGCUGAUCUCCUCAUGUUUGGCAGAGAGCUCAGUACGCUGGGCUCAGACGCCUCAUCUCUUCCCUCCUUGGCCUCCUCGCCAAGCACCUGGGGGACCCUGCGCCAGUCUCUGAAGAGCCUUUCCGUGGAGUUUGCCGUGCUGUCUGACAAAGCCGCUCAGCAGGGCAGACGGGAGGAGGAUGAUGUUGUGGAAAAACUGAAUCUUUUCUUGGACUUGCUGCAGUCAUACAGAGACCUCUGCGAGCGCCACGAGAAGGGCGUGCUCCACGAACACCAGAGGGCUCUGCACAAGUACAGCGUGAUGAAGAGGCAGAUGAUGAGCGCCUCGGUGCAGCCCAAAGAGCAGGCGUCAGUGGAGCAGCUGGAGUCACGGAUUGUUCAGCAAGAAAAUGCCAUUCAGACCAUGGAGCUACGCAACUACUUCUCCCUGUUCUGCCUUCACCAAGAGACCCAGCUCAUCUUCACCUACCUUCCGAUCACCUGCCACAUUCUCGGGGCUUUCGUUAACUCCCAGGUCCAAGGACACAAAGAGAUGGGAGAGGUGUGGAGCGAACUCCAGCCAAAACUUGGGUGUCUCUUCGGCAGCAACAACGGAUUGAAACCCCCCAUCUGAAACCUAAGGCCACACGAGGUGGAGGAGAGAGUCUCUGCCUCCGAUCAGGAACGCAAACUGCAAAAUAAAAAGCUCCGUGAGCUAAAGCAAAAACAAAAAAAAAAAAAGAAAAGAAGAAGAAGUAUAAUGUACAAUCACGAUGCACUGUACAUUUCAUUCAAAGAGAGUUUUUUUGCCAGGUGCUCGUAAAUCUAUCGUCUUGUGCUCUUCCCCGAUGGAGGCGGCCGUCAGCAAGACAUGCUCUAAUUUUACAAGGGACGUAAAAGGGCGACGGUAUAUUCAUGCAUUCCAACUCAUUUGCUAAAGCACCGGUUUAUAACCUGCAAGGAGUUUUACACACUACUAUGGUUGGGACAACCUGACUUUACUCCAGGGUGGGAUUGUGUUCUGACAUUGAGGUUUUAUUGACACAGAAUAAGUUUUAGACCAACGUAUUUUUGAUGCAGAUUGUAGUUUAUAAGGGUGCGCAGCAGCCUACUUUGUAUUUUUUAAGGACAGCUGUUUCUAAAUGUUUACUUUUACGUAGAGCGACACCUUUGCUUUCUCAGCCCAAAUUGUUUAAUUUUAUAAGCUAUUUGAAAGGCCUGACCUCAUCCUGUAGAAUACUAGAGAGAUUUACGAUUUAUCCAUGAUAACACUAUAAGCUAUCCAUCUACUACCAAAGAUACAAUCAUAUAAACUUCACCAAAUCAUGACAAAACUCCUACAUUUUAUAAAGUAGCUAAUUGCCACUCUAUUUGACUAAAGAACUGUGCUCCAUGUCACUCUACAGAUGAGUUCAUUCAUCGGCAUCUACACAAUCUGGAUACCGCCAAGUUCGUUUUACAAACACAGCCAGACCCUUCAGAUAUUUAUGCGCCUAUGUAGUUUAUCAGAAAUUUAUACGUUUCAUCUCAUUUUAAAGACACUGUUUGACAAGAAUGAUGCUAAUAAACAAUAUGUGCAUAUGAACAUUUAUUUUAUGGAGGAAUUACAGUAAUUCUGUACGCACAGUAUGAAACACAUUGGUUUGGAAAAUCAAGUUAUGAAAUCAGAACUGUAGAUAAUGUCAUGUCUGAAUUGGUUACUUGGUUACCAAAGAAAGGUGACUGCAAAAAAAGAUUAAAAAAAAAGUUUUAAUUCUACAAAGAAAUGUUGCAUUCAAGUAGCAUGCAAACACAGGUGCUGUAGCUGUAGCUCUGUCAAAUCCUCAGCGUCUUCUUGUGUCUUCCCAUGAUAUGAACCAGGACAAUAACAAUAACAUGAACAUUGAACGAUUGUCUUUUUUUUUUUUUUUUUA